CAAACCGGAAGUAGAUUCGUCAUAGGGAGCUCGAGCUUACCAGCAAUGAAGACGACGGGAGACAAUAGCUCUGGGAUUUGUGAAAUAACCAUGGACGAUGUAAAAAGCCUCAUAAAAAAGAAAGAUGAAAUUGAAGAACAGAUUAAAGCUUAUUAUGACGUCUUAGAAGACCAGGGUGUUGGAGUUGAAGGUCCCCUUGUUGACGCUGAGGGUUACCCUCGAGCAGAUGUUAAUUUGUACCAAAUCAGGACGGCAAGACAUAACAUUUCAUGCCUGCAGAAUGAUCACAAGGCUAUCAUGGCAGAGAUAGAAGAAGCCUUGCACAAACUGCACGCUCGAGAAAAAGCCAAGAGAGAGCAGGAUGAGGCAGAAGCCCAGGUGGAGGCGAUGGAGCAGCGGGUCACCUUGCCUCCUCCCUUUGCACGGGUGGAUGCUGUGACUGAAGGCUCACCUGCCUCUGGAGCUGGGCUUAGAGUUGGUGAUGGAGUCAUUGAGUUUGGCUCUGUGAACACGGACAACUUUCAGAACCUCCAGAACAUUGCUUCUGUGGUGCAACAUAGCGAAGGAAAACCCUUUCGUGUGACUGUGAUCAGGGCUGGCCAGAAAGUUCAUAUGAGCCUGACCCCACAGCGAUGGUCAGGCAGAGGUCUGCUGGGAUGCAACAUUGUUCCAGUCCAGCAAUAAUCCACAAGACUUUUUUCAGAAUUCCAGUUUUGGAAAGUCUUCCCUGAAUAGUUCCACGCUUAUUUUGUAAAUACAGCAGAUAUCUCUAUUUUCAUUUUUCUGUAUCUUAUUGGAAACAUGAAACAUUUUCUUCGUUCAAGGGUGAUUUUAAGAAUGUAAUUUAUGGGGGGAAAAAGUGUUGCAACACUUGUUAUCAGCAUGUUGUGCUGAUUACUCUAAGUUAGGAUAAACAGCUAAUCUUCAUGAUAAAAAGGGGGCUUAAGGAAAUUUUUCUCAAACAUGGAUGCCCUUAGCAAAUAUCAAUGAAGUUAGCCUGUUUCAUUAACUUCCAUUCUGUUGUACACACAAUUAUUUUGGUUCAAGGGUGAGCGUUUCAGUGAAGAGUUCUGAUGCCAGUAUCUGGGGCUGUUGCUAUGAAAUCUUGCAGUGAUGUGAAGCAAUGAACAAAAGUGGUGAAUGUGAACAUCAACAGCUUACCUUCAACUCUUGGGAAUGACAGCCUCUUAAAAAUAAGAGUAAAUCAGGGAAUAUUAGAAAGCUGAUAAACUACUGCACUUUUGUUAUCAAUUAAGCAGUUAAAGAUUUUGGUUAAAUUGAGAAGUCUUUAGGAUGUAUACACCCCUUUAACCUGUUUGAAACAGUUUGCUGUGAUCAUUCAGUAAAAGAUUUCCAUUGCUGUGCCUUGUAUUGAUUCAGUUAAGGAGAAAGUUGGCAUCACCAAGCAUCUGUUUCUAUCAGUGCAAGCAAAAUAACACAGACUUGUGAAAACAAAUAUUCUUGGGCCAUAUGUUUAAAUGCAUGUUUAAUAUGUAAAAUAUUUUCUUUAUAAACUUGUUAACCAAAUUUCUGAGGAAAGUUAUUGCCUUGCAUUUAAGAAUACUUGUCAGGAUAAAGGACAGAUGACGUCCGCAUCUUCACAUGGCCUUGCUGCAUUAGGAGAGCCAAUAAAGUUAUUACAAAUCUA